UAUUGCUGCUGAACGUCUUGCACAUGACCUCUCCUUGCUGCCAUUACACCAGAUUGGAGAUCUGGAAGGUUUUUACUUAUUCGCUUACCCCACCUCUGCAUACCUGAGUACGGCUAAUCGAUCGCUCGGCUUCAUUCAUGAUGCACACACCACCUUGGAGAGGGACAACUUCACAAACAUCCAGAAAGUGGUUGAAAUGAAGUUAGAUCAGCAUCAGGAUGUUGACUCAUACAGACGGGAAAUCAUUCGGAAGAGGCAUAAACGAAGAGAGCUGACAUUCUCUGACAGUGAAUUCCCAAACCAGUGGCAUUUGAGAAAUCCUUCAACACGUAUGGAUAUUGAUGUUAUGCGCGUAUGGGAAAAUAAUGUCACAGGCAAAGGUGUUACUGUUGCUGUAGUUGAUGAUGGUGUUGAAUGGAACAAUCCAGAUCUUGAAGAAAACUAUUGUGCUAAAGGAAGCUGGGAUCUAAAUGAUGAUGAUCCUGACCCUAUGCCUCGAGAUACUUCAACUACCAAUCAUCAUGGGACCCGAUGUGCUGGGGAAAUUGCUGCUGUUCCAAAUGCUGUGUGUGCUGUAGGUGUGGCAUAUGGAGCAAAAGUGUCAGGGUUGCGUGUUUUAGACGGACCCUUAACUGAUGGUCUUGAAGCCACUGCCUUCAACAAACAUAUGCAGAUUAAUGAUAUUUACAGUUGCAGCUUUUUUUUUUUCUCUCAACAUUUCAACCAAUCUGUUUUCUCUUUUUCCUUCUUCUCCUUCUCCCCUUUCUUUCUUCUUUCCUCUGUCUCUCUCGCCCCCUUUCUUUCCUCUGUCUCUCUCGCCCCCUUUCUUUCCUCUGUCUCUCUCGCCCCUUUCUUUCCUCUGUCUCUCUCGCCCCCUUUCUUUCCUCUGUCUCUCUCGCCCCCUUUCUUUCCUCUGUCUCUCUCGCCCCCUUUCUUUCCUCUGUCUCUCUCGCCCCCUUUCUUUCCUCUGUCUCUCUCUCUCUGCCCCUUUCUUUCCUCUGUCUCUCUCGCCCCCUUUCUUUCCUCUGUCUCUCUCGCCCCCCCCUUUCUUUCCUCUGUCUCUCUCCCCCUUUCUUUCCUCUCUCUCUCUCCGCCCCUUUCUUUCCUCUGUCUCUCUCGCCCCCUUUCUUUCCUCUGUCUCUCUCGCCCCCUUUCUUUCCUCUGUCUCAUAUUCAAUGAUGAUGGAAAGACAGUUGAUGGCCCACAUGAUUUAGCUUUGCAAGCAAUGAAACAUGGUAUUAAUAAUGGUCGAAAAGGUUAUGGAAGCAUUUAUGUAGUUGCCAGUGGCAAUGGUGGACGCUACUUUGAUAACUGCAACUAUGAUGGCUAUGCAAAUUCCAUCUACACAGAGCUGUUGAUGAGAGGAGAAAUGCCAUAUUAUGCAGAGAAAUGUGCGGCAAUGAUGGCAGUAACAUUUAGCAGUGGUGGAAAGGACACACGCAGUAUUGUGACCACAGACUGGCAGAAAAAGUCAGGUACAGGUUGUACUGAUGACCACACUGGUACCAGUGCUGCAGCUCCCAUUGCUGCAGGAAUGGUGGCACUUAUGCUUGAUGUUCAACCCUGCCUUAGUUGGAGAGAUAUUCAGUAUUUAAUUAUAUUAUCUGCUGUUAAGGUUGAUGAUGACUCUGAAUGGCAAGAAAAUGGUGCAGGUCUGAACCAUAGCCACAAACAUGGCUUUGGACUCAUGAAAGCUUGGCGGAUGUUCUUUUCAUUUUUCUCUUUCUUUCUUUCUUUCUUUCUUUUCAUUUUUCUCUUUCUUUCUUUCUUUUCUUUUUUCUCUUUCUUUCUUUCUUUUCUUUUUUCUCUUUCUUUCUUUCUUUUUUCUUUUCUCUUUCUUUCUUUCUUUUUUUUUUUCUCUUUCUUUCUUUCUUUUCUUUUUUCUCUUUCUUUCUUUCUUUUCUUUUUUCUCUUUCUUUCUUUCUUUUUCUUUUCUUUUCUUUCUUUCUUUUCUUUUUUCUCUUUCUCUUUCUUUCUUUUUUUUUUUCUCUCUUUCUUUCUCUUUCUUUUUCUCUUUCUUUUUUUUUUUUUUUCUUUCUUUUUUUUCUUUUUCUUUCUUUCUUUUUCUCUUUCUUUCUUUCUUUUUUCUCUUUCUUUCUUUCUUUUUCUCUUUCUUUCUUUCUUUUUCUCUUUCUUUCUUUCUUUUUUCUCUUUCUUUCUUUUCUUUCUUUUUCUCUUUCUUUUUUUCUCUUUCUUUUUCUCUUUCUUUCUUUCUUUUUCUCUUUCUUUUUCUCUUUCUUUUCUUUCUUUUCUUUUCUUUUCUUCUUUCUUUCUUUUCUUUCUUUCUUUUUUUCUCUUUCUCUUUCUUUUUCUUUUUCUUUUUCUCUUUCUUUCUUUCUUUUUUCUCUUUCUUUCUUUCUUUCUUUUUUCUCUUUCUUUCUUUCUUUCUUUCUUUUUUCUCUUUCUUUCUUUCUUUUCUUUUUUCUCUUUCUUUCUUUCUUUUCUUUUUUCUCUUUCUUUCUUUCUUUUCUUUUUUCUCUUUCUUUCUUUCUUUUCUUUUUUCUCUUUCUUUUUUUCUCUUUCUUUUUUCUCUUUCUUUCUCUUUCUUUUUUCUCUUUCUUUCUUUCUCUUUCUUUUUUCUCUUUCUUUCUCUUUCUUUUUUCUCUUUCUUUUUUCUCUUUCUUUCUUUCUCUUUCUUUUUUCUCUUUCUUUCUUUCUCUUUCUUUUUUCUCUUUCUUUCUUUCUCUUUCUUUUUUCUCUUUCUUUCUUUCUCUUUCUUUUUUCUCUUUCUUUCUUUCUCUUUCUUUUUUCUCUUUCUUUUUUUUCUCUUUCUUUUUUUCUUUCUUUUUUCUCUUUCUUUUUUUUCUUUCUUUUCUUUUUUCUCUUUCUUUCUUUCUUUUCUUUUUUUUUUAAAUUUCAUGAUUACUUAUAUCAGGUAUGGACGAUGGUCCCCUGGUUGACUGCUUACACUACAGAUGUCCUGAUAGUUAAACAUAGAAUUCCAAAAAAAGAAGUUCUAAUCACAAGUUAUGAAGUAACUGCAGAUGAACUUCGUGGCUAUGUCCUUAAUAUGUUGGAACAUGUCCUGGUCACUGUCAAUAUAACACACCACAGCCGUGGUCAGUUGGACAUUAGGCUUCUAUGUCCUAGUGGUACAGAAUCCAGCAUUGGUCCACCAAGAUCUAAAGACAAUACAGUACGUUGUUGGGGAGAGACCCCAAUUGGUACAUGGAAACUCAUUAUUAAGGAUAUUGGUGAAGACCAACAAUAUGGUACAAUUGAUUUUUGGAAGUUGAAAUUAUACGGUACUCCAAUGUCACCCAACGAAUUCCAAAAACGAAGAAAGAAAGUGCUUUGGGCCAUUAAAAAUUCAGCUCUUUUGGAUCCAAUUAUUAAUGUUCCCUGUCACCCACCACCCAAACAUGGCAAAGGUGCAGGCUCUAUUCCUCUUUCUGAGAAAACUCUAAAGAUCUUAGCUGUGACGAGUGUCUUUGUCGUUAUUUUGGCACUUUACCAAAUGUUUGAAUACAUGUUCUGUUACAAUGCUGAGAAGAAAGAACAGAAGGAUUUGCUUCUCCAACAGCAACACCAGCGGCGAAUGCGUCAGUACAUGGAAGUUGACCACAAUGAACCAGUGGAAGCUGAAAGUCUUCUCCAGCAACCCGAUAUCGCUCUUGAUACUUUUGCACUUAGUGGAUGCAAUGAUGCAGCUGAUUCAUCUGCUGAUGUCCCCCAACAUAUUAUCGACAUUAAGCUGCUUUUGUUCUCCAUUACUAACGUCCACAUCAAAAUCCUUUCAUUCUCCAUUACAAACGUACAAACGUCCCCCAUCGGAAUCCUUUUGUCCUCCGUUACUAAUGCCCCUCUCCAUCGGGAUCCUUUCGUUCUUCAUUACAAACGUCCCUCAUCCAUCAGGAUCCUUUCGUUUUCCAUUACUAACGCCCCCCUCCAUCGGAAUCCUUUCGUUCUCCAUUACUAA